AUGUGUUACUAUGGCGGAUACUACGGAGGCCUGGGCUAUGGCUAUGGUGGCCUAGGCUAUGGCUAUGGCUGUGGCUAUGGCUGUGGCUAUGGUGGCUAUGGUGGCUAUGGUUAUGGCUGCUGCCACCCACUGUGCUGUAGAAGGUACUGGUCCUAUGGAUUCUUCUGA